AAGAGGGGGAGGGUUGAGCUCCAAAUGACGUUACCGAGCCCGAUAAAACACCAAGCGGCUUCACGCGGACGCAUCAGACAGUCCGUCCGCGCGCACAGAGCAACAGCAGCAGUCGCACCUCCCGUAGACACCGACUCGCGUCUCAUUUAUACAUUCUGGGUGUUAAAUACCGACGAGAACGAUGGUCUGAAGAGAUUUAGGCGAUCAAUUCGUGAAUGUAAUUCCAUUACAUUCAUCUGAUCAGCGCGCAAAGGGCCGCUUUGGUUUCGCCGUCUCCUCAGUCGCCUUCUCUCUGAGAGAUUCAAGUGCCCAUGCGAUUCUUCAGACUCACCUUUAAGUGUUUCGUGGAUUGUUUUUGAAGGUGCUGUUUCAAAUCAGUGUCUUUUUUCCCUUUUAUGAUCUAUUAUUUAUUUUCCAAACGCGUUUUUGAUUAAACAAACCAAUAAUAGCCGUUGCCAAUUUCGCCGAGAGAAUCAAACUGCCAUCCCUUGUGACCGUUUGACAUUGAGGAGAAACGGAAAAUACAUCCGUAAAGAAUUAGCACUGCAGAUUUUAUUAAAUAAAAAGAGAUCCCGUGCACCUGAAGAGGAACAAAAGGGACACCUUGGUGUGAAUAAAGAAAAUUGACUUAAUCCAAAAACAAUAAGAGAUCACAUAUUUAUUUUUGACUGGAGGUUCGGUUGCUUUGUUUACACGAGAGAUGGAGAAAUCCUCUCUGGACGCAGACUGCUGCGCCCUGAACAUGGUCCUGGUGGAAGAGAAGAAGGGCCAUCUCAUUCCCAAUGGAAACGCGCAUCAAGGCGUCAAUGGGACCCUCAACGGCGGGCCCAUAUCAGCGGUCACUGGAACCAUAUCGGCGGCGGAGAAGAAGCAGGGUUUCCCCGAGCGAGAGACGUGGACCAGGCAGAUGGACUUCAUCAUGUCCUGUGUGGGGUUCGCCGUGGGUCUGGGGAAUGUCUGGCGCUUCCCGUACCUGUGCUACAAAAAUGGUGGAGGAGUGUUCCUCAUUCCCUAUGUGUUGUUCAUAUUUCUGGGAGGCAUUCCGAUAUUCUUCCUGGAGAUUGCGCUGGGUCAGUUUAUGAAGGCUGGAAGCAUCAAUGUGUGGAACAUUGCACCUCUUUUUAAAGGACUUGGCUAUGCCUCCAUGGUGAUUGUGUUUUUCUGUAACACGUACUACAUCAUGGUACUUGCCUGGGGUUUCUACUACUUCAUAAAGUCUUUCAAUUCCACGCUGCCCUGGUCCACCUGCGACAACCCGUGGAACACCGAAAACUGCAUAGAGACUUUCCGCCACGACGACUGCCAAAAUGGCACCAUUGGCAACUCCACAUUUGGGAACCUGACGUGCGAAGAGCUUGCUAAUGGGCGUUCCCCUAUUAUUGAAUUCUGGGAGAACAAGGUUCUGAACAUCUCUGAUGGGCUGGAUGAGCCAGGAGUCAUAAACUGGGAACUGAUGCUGUGUCUUAUGGCUGUGUGGGUGAUGGUUUACUUCUGUGUGUGGAAGGGGGUGAAGUCAACAGGAAAGAUUGUGUAUGUCACUGCCACGUUCCCGUAUGUGGUCCUGAUUAUUCUCCUGGUGAGGGGCGUCACUCUUCCUGGUGCUUAUGAUGGGAUCAUGUACUAUGUCAAACCUGACUGGUCUAAGCUAGGAGAGGCACAGGUCUGGAUCGAUGCUGGUACUCAAAUCUUUUUCUCCUACGCUAUCGGGCUCGGAGCCCUCACGGCCCUCGGCAGCUAUAACCGAUUCAACAAUGACUGCUAUAAGGACGCUUUUGUUCUGGCUUUUAUUAAUAGUGGCACCAGUUUCUUUUCUGGUUUCGUGGUCUUCUCCAUCUUAGGUUUCAUGGCGUCUGAACAAGGUGUGGACAUCUCUAAAGUGGCUGAAUCAGGCCCUGGUUUGGCGUUCAUAGCAUACCCUAAAGCCGUUUCUAUGAUGCCCGUGGCUCCGGUGUGGGCUGCCCUAUUCUUUAUCAUGCUGCUACUGCUAGGACUGGACAGUCAGUUUGUUGGUGUGGAGGGUUUCGUAACUGGAAUUCUUGAUCUUUUCCCUGGAAAGUAUUACAUGCGCUAUCAGCGCGAAAUCGCUGUGGCGAUCUGCUGUUUAUUAUGCUUCAUUAUAGAUCUCUCCAUGGUUACACAGGGAGGGAUGUACGUCUUCCAGCUUUUUGACUACUACUCAGCCAGUGGAAUGACCCUACUGUGGCAAGCAUUCUGGGAAUGCGUGGUUGUCGCGUGGGUUUAUGGUGCUGACAGGUUUAUGGAUGAUAUUGCCCGUAUGAUCGGUUACCGGCCAUUCCCGUGGAUAAAGUGGUGCUGGUCCUUUAUAACUCCAUGUGUUUGCAUGGGUAUCUUCCUAUUUCAUCUGCUGAACUACAAGCCUCUGACCUACAACAAUGUGUAUGUGUACCCGUGGUGGGGAGAGGUGAUCGGAUGGUGUUUGGCUCUCUCCUCCAUGCUCUGUAUCCCCGUUAGCCUUGUGUACAAGCUCGCUGGAGCCAAGGGAACAUUCAGAGAGCGUUGGGAAUAUCUGACCAAACCAGUGUGGGGAGCCCAUCACCUCGAAUACAUGGCCCCUGACACUGACAUUAAAAGCCUGGCCUCUCUGUCUCCUGGAACGGAGGAGAACAAGGUGAUCAUUUUUGAGAGUGUUAUGUAGAUCAAAGGGAAAUGCUACGACAACCCUCCUAAGGCAAGCUGGUUGAAGAAAUUGUCAGUAUUUUUUUAUUUUAUUUUAUGGAAUACUGCAUCACCUUACAGUCUUAAAACAGCUGAUGGAAAUUGACGGUUACAUUUUGUUUCAUACAACAGAUCCUCUAGCAUGCACAUUACCAGAUGCUCUUCCUCUUCCACCUGUUGAAACUGCAAACUAUAUACAUAAUUUUUUUUUUAUUAUAUGCAAAGUUUAUUGCAGAUAUCAAGACUUGCAGGGCGAAAUCAGCAUGUCUUUGGAGGGGACAGUAUAGUGUAGCCUAUAACAUUAUUUCACAGAGCGGCAGAAUUCCCACAGGCCACUUUCCUGAACGUGAUAUGGGUCUCUUUGCACUGACACGAGGAUCAAAUCUGAGCAAGAAGCACAUGGAUAAAAUGAAG